AGGAAAAGCUCCGAGCUUAUUGGUCCUGGUCCAUUGUUGCGUAUUGAUUGCUGUGGAGCAGUGGUAUGGUCGUCGGGACAUUCGGUCGUCCUCGUCGUCGUCGUCGUCGUCGUCGCCGUCGGUGGUGCUCAGCCGAUUAGGUUAAGAGAAGCGGGCGCGCGCGGUCACAGGUAUAAAGAAGAGAGGAAGAAAAAAGAUAAUAGGGAAAAAUAAAACGUCGUCGUCGUCGUCCGCGUCGUCGUUGCGCAUCGUCCGUUCGCGUUUCGUUCGCGCGUACGCGAUCGCGACCCGCUCUUGCUACGUCCGUACACGCACGCACUUAUAUUGUAAGAAAAAAAAAGUAAAAAGAGCAUAAUCGUAUACAUAUGUAAUAUAUAUAUGUAUACAUAACAGAUAUACAAAAGAGGGUAUAUAUAAAUAUAAGCGGGGGAAACGGAAAAAACUCGUCUCGCGCACUUGUGUAUUCGUACGUGCGCGCGUAUGUGACACGCGGCAGUGUUUAGUGAGUUGUGUCCCCUGUCUGUUCUCUAUUACUCCGGUCAUCCCUUUUGAUUACGGACUCUGGCUGGAAGCGACACACACCUGCGGCAUCAGCGGCGGCAGCGGCAACGGCUGCCGCCGAGGGUGGUGAGAACGAAUCAACACGGCGCAAGCUCUCGGGCCACCAGAAUCGAGCAUCUGAGUGGCUGAUUAUUGCGCGUACCGUGAUAGUUGCGUGGACAGGAAAACGGAGCGCCUUCGCCAAGAACGCCGUACUCGAAACUCGCUGAUACUCGAAUCGCCUGUGUCCAGAGGAGAUAUCGACGUGUACAUCCGCAUUGGUGUAAACUUGUGACGAGAACAGCGAAUUCUCAAUCGGACAGUGGUGCGUCGGUCAGAACGAGUGGUAAUCGAGUGAUCUUUGAGCAAGAAGGCACUUGCGAACGAGAAAAAGGGCAUUACGGAGCAAAUAGAUACAAACAUUAUUAGACAGAAUUGGAAAGACGAUCGUAAAAGAGUGAUAGAAAGAGAGGGGAGUGACGGAAAGAGAGUGAGAAACAGAGAGUGGGGGGUGAAAGAGAGGAGAGGGAAAGAGAGAGAGGGGGAGAGAAAGGAAGAGUGCAAGAGGUGGUGAAAGAGGGAAAUAAAGAGGGGGUUGAGAGAUUGAGAGUGGAAGACGGUCUGCGAUUGUCAACGAGUGUGCGUGGCAGGAGAGAAAGUAAGAAAAGAGGAGAUUCAGCGAUUGUUUUCUUCGAACAGAAAGCGUACUCUUUCACAAAAGAAGAAAAGAAAAGCAAGAAGCUCGUGGUAGCUGCGUACCGCGAAAACGCGGAAGCGGGCCGUGUGCACGGAUCCUUCCUAGCGCGUAUCGCGCAUCCCCGGAGGCGGCGCGAAAUUAUGAAGCGCAUAAAGUGCGUCCUACUGGCCGCCGCAGCUGCCGCUUGUGAUUGUGAUAGUCGCCGGUGAAUGUGUGACCCGGGGGCAGCAGAAAUCCGCCGGGAUGACGACCGAAGGGACGACCAUACAGCCCCCGGAAGUAUGCCUCAAGGAGCGGAAGUGGUGGUGUUUCCUGCUGUCGAGCAUCUUCACCUUCCUCGCCGGGCUGGCGAUAGUGCUCCUCUGGCGUGGGUUCGAGGUCGUCUGCUGUCGCAAGGAGCCCGAGCUCGCCCCAAAUGACCCGAAGCAGAAGGAACAGAAGACGGCCCGUCAGGGCAAGGAGUACGAGGGGAACACUUUUAUGGCCGAGGCCAAGGACUGGGCCGGCGAGCUGAUUUCCGGACAGACCACCACUGGACGUAUCCUGGUGGUGUUAGUUUUCAUUCUCAGUAUAGCAUCGCUUAUAAUAUACUUCAUCGAUGCCUCCAGCAUCAUGGUGGAGCGUUGCCAGAAGUGGAGCAACAACAUUACUCAGCAGAUAGACUUAGCUUUCAAUAUAUUUUUUAUGGUCUACUUUUUUAUACGCUUUAUCGCCGCCAGUGACAAGCUGUGGUUCAUGUUGGAGAUGUAUUCGUUCGUGGACUACUUUACGAUACCACCGUCCUUCGUGUCGAUAUAUCUCGAUCGGACGUGGAUCGGAUUGAGGUUCCUCCGAGCCCUACGACUGAUGACGGUCCCUGACAUCCUCCAGUACCUUAAUGUUCUAAAGACAUCGAGCUCUAUUCGUCUCGCCCAACUCGUCUCCAUCUUCAUUUCGGUCUGGUUAACCGCUGCUGGUAUCAUUCAUUUGCUUGAAAACUCAGGGGACCCUUUCGAGUUCAAGAAUCCACAACAGCUUUCGUACUGGACCUGUGUGUACUUUCUGAUUGUAACGAUGUCCACGGUAGGAUAUGGCGACGUUUACUGCCAGACGGUCCUCGGCCGCACAUUCCUAGUAUUUUUUCUACUCGUCGGUUUGGCAAUUUUUGCUAGUAGCAUACCCGAGAUAAUAGAGCUCGUAGGCAGUAGGUCCAAGUACAGCGGCGAGUACAAGCGGGAGCAUGAUGGAAAGAGACAUAUUGUCGUGUGUGGCCACAUCACCUACGAAUCGGUCUCGCACUUCCUCAAGGAUUUCCUACACGAGGAUCGCGAGGACGUCGACGUAGAAGUCGUCUUCUUGCAUAGAAAAGAGCCGGAUCUCGAAUUGGAGGGUCUCCUGAAGAGGCAUUACACGACCGUGGAGUUUUUUCAGGGCACCAUGAUGAAUGCCGUGGAUCUGGAGCGCGUCAAGGUUCAUGAGGCAGACGCGUGUUUGGUACUGGCGAACAAGUACUGCCAGGACCCGGAUGCGGAAGACGCAGCGAACAUCAUGCGCGUCAUCUCCAUCAAGAACUAUUCGGAUCACAUUCGCGUUAUCAUUCAAUUAAUGCAGUAUCACAACAAGGCCUACUUACUAAACAUUCCAUCGUGGGACUGGAAGCGGGGUGACGACGUCAUAUGUCUGGCGGAGUUGAAACUAGGUUUCAUCGCGCAGUCCUGCCUCGCGCCUGGAUUCAGCACAAUGAUGGCCAAUCUCUUCGCGAUGCGUUCCUUCAAGACGAAAUGGUUGGUUGAUUGGUACCAGUCGCCCGAUAUGCAGGCUUGGCAGAAUGACUACCUGCGUGGAACCGGAAUGGAGAUGUACACCGAGACACUGAGCCCUACCUUCAUUGGAAUGCCCUUUGCAAAAGCUACUGAGUUAUGCUUCACAAAACUGAAGCUCUUGCUACUGGCCAUCGAGAUAAAGGGCGAAGGAGGCUGCGACAGUAAAAUCUCGAUUAACCCACGUGGUGCCAAGAUCGGUGCAAAAACUCAGGGAUUCUUCAUUGCUCAAUCUGCUGACGAAGUAAAGCGGGCGUUCUUUUAUUGCAAAGCAUGCCACGACGAUAUUAAAGACGAGACUCUGAUCAAGAAGUGCAAAUGCAAAACUUAUGUGGGGAUGAUGAUGCUGCAGACUGGCAUGGUGAAGAGAAACACUGCCUACAGCAGUUACCUCGACGACGCCACAUUCCGGAAAGGCGUGCGAGCUGUUCAGAUGAUUGGAAGAGCAAACGACCACCAUCCUCCUCCUACAUUCACUCCGCCAGAACUGCCCAAGAUGGUUCACGUAAGAGGUGAAAUCAGCCGCGAACGAGACGAUCCGAAUGUUAUGAGAAAUCAUCGAAACUCAGUCGGGAUGACUUUGAUAAAUUCGACGAAGCAGGUCAACAAGGUGAAACCGAACGUGAAUCGAGCGACGAACGACAGUCUGUCCAGCCCGAAUCAGCCGUAUAAUCAAAGAUCGCAAGAGGAGUCCGCAUACGCUGGCUACCAUCUCGCCUACGAAGUCAAAAAGCUCAUGCCAACGAGCAGAGCCUCGGGUGGCACGAACGUUAACAACAACGGCGGUCUUCAGGUCGGGAUCGCUGACGAUCAAGCGAAAGAUUUCGAUUUCGAGAAGACCGAGAUGAAGUACGACUCGACGGGGAUGUUCCACUGGAGCCCCUCGCGUAAUCUCGAAGACUGCAUACUGGAUCGUAAUCAGGCGGCGAUGACAGUUCUUAACGGACACGUCGUCGUCUGCCUGUUCGCCGAUCCCGACUCGCCCCUCAUCGGACUGAGGAAUCUUGUCAUGCCAUUACGAGCUUCCAAUUUUCAUUAUCACGAGCUUAAACACGUAGUGAUAGUUGGAUCGGUGGACUACAUACGCCGCGAGUGGAAAAUGCUGCAGAAUCUACCGAAGAUAUCGGUUCUAAAUGGUUCGCCAUUAAGCAGAGCUGAUUUGCGUGCCGUUAACGUAAAUCUGUGCGACAUGUGUUGCAUCCUGUCGGCUAAAGUGCCUAGCAAUGAUGACCCCACCCUCGCCGACAAGGAGGCCAUCCUCGCAUCCCUCAAUAUCAAGGCCAUGACUUUCGACGAUACAAUCGGCGUACUCAGCCAAGCAGAUAAUAAACAAGGUAAUUUGACCGCAGUUGGCAGCCCGAUUGUCUUGCAGCGACGAGGAUCUGUUUAUGGAGCAAAUGUGCCAAUGAUCACAGAGCUUGUGAACGACAGCAACGUGCAGUUUCUUGACCAGGACGACGACGAUGACCCGGACACGGAACUCUACCUCACUCAACCGUUCGCCUGUGGUACUGCCUUCGCAGUCAGCGUAUUGGAUUCACUUAUGUCGACGACAUACUUCAACCAAAAUGCGUUAACUCUAAUUCGAUCAUUGAUCACCGGUGGAGCUACGCCUGAGUUGGAACUGAUCCUGGCUGAAGGAGCAGGCUUAAGGGGAGGGUAUAGUACGGCAGAUAGCCUGUCUAAUCGGGAUCGGUGUCGUGUUGGUCAGAUCGCGUUAUACGACGGGCCAUUGGCUCAAUAUGGCGAGGGAGGCAAGUACGGUGACCUCUUUGUCGCAGCAUUAAAGUCGUACGGAAUGCUGUGCAUUGGUCUGUACAGGUACAGGUUUCGAGACACUAGCUCGUCGUGUGACGCCUCUUCCAAACGAUACGUGAUCACAAAUCCACCAGAUGAUUUCACGUUAUUACCUACAGAUCAGGUUUUCGUGCUGAUGCAAUUCGACCCGGGUCUUGAAUACAGGCCGAGCAGAGGUGCCCGAGGCAAGGACGACUCCUCCUGAUUGUUGCUGUGUAGCGCCCUCACCGACGGACCAUAUUCUUACAUCUAAUCAUGCAUUAGAAACCAUCGUGCAGUCCGUCGUCCCUAAAACUGUCCUGUCUUCGACGAACGCCACUGUCACAUGACAUCGCGCAUUAUCAACGAGUUUAUCGCGAAUUAUCGUUCACAAGGCGGAUUGCAACCAUAUCCAUUUCCUCGACUGACCGAUACAUAUAGCGACAGUGCAUAGCAAAUGUAACGCUUAUUCGCCGAUUCGAUCACUCCUAAAAAGGUUUGACCUCGUUCGCCCCCCGUAUAUGGAAAAUCAUUCUCACCGAGUCAUCGAAUAUCUCGAGAGUGAUGCACGAUUCCCGACAGGAAAAAUCAUCACGAGAACUCGGGAGAGAAAGCCUAAUAAACAUGUUAUUAAUGACAAACGAGAAAACGAGGAGAAGGCUGAAGAGGAUAUGCCAGAAGAGGAGGACAAUGGAAGGGGCAACGGAAAAUGGCAUGAUGCUAUGCGGUCCGAGGGUAGCUACACACUCUCUUUUCCUUUAUUCGAGCUAAUCAUCCUCGCUCGAAGAUGAUGCUGUAAGGACUGAAUUAGACAUUUCGUAAAACGUAACACUGUGUUAUCGAGCCCCCUACCGAUUCUUUGUGACUGGGAAGGAGAAAAGUGAACGGGGGAAGGGACACGUAACUUAAAGUUCUUAGCACGUGGCUUAGCCUCGGCGAGCGCUGUGGAAUUGCAGUAACCUACGCACGAUGGAGAACGGAAGAACAAUCGUUGUCACAGUCAACUCUCCAGUUAUUUUUUUUUUUCCGGCACGUGUUAAUGUAUAUAAUACGUAACCCAGAGAACACCGUCGUUCAACGUGCUGUGAGAGGGCGACGAGACGACGGGAGGAGGGGGAGGAGUGCAGCGGACUGGACACGUUCGUCGAUGUAUUUCCCUCAUCGAGAGACGAUUCCUCUCAUCCCGAUCUCACGUCGGAGUCUCACGGACGGUGCCGGAUUACUACGCGCAACCCUUACCUCGUGUGUCUUGUUUUACGACUAAUGAAACCGAAAAAAAAUCUCAAUCAAGCACUUUCUACAGGCUCUAUAUAUAUGUAUAUAUACAUAUACAUAUAUACAUAUAGAUACAACUACGAUAAAAUACCCUUUUCCACACAACUUUAAGAAUAAAUCGUCUAUAUAUCGGUAUAUAUACAUUAUAGGUAUAUAUGCACAUAUAUAUACAUAUAUAUACAUAUAUAUACAUAUAUAUGUAUAUAUGUAUGUAUGUAUACUCAUAGACAUUCUCUCUUUUAUAUAUUUUUGUGAAACUCACGUGUGUAUAUAUAUAUACGGACGUACAUAUAUAUAUAUAUAUAUAUAUAAAAAAGGAAGAAAAAUAUACAUAUGUGUAAAAGAAAUACACAGAUACACACCUGUACACAAAUAUUCUAUACCUCUCUCCCUUCAUACACAAACCACAUACAUACACAUACUUUUUUUUCUAUUUUUCGUACAUUUUUUCUCUCUCUCUCUUUUUUUCUGUCUAUCUUCCUUUCUCUUGUUGCGCGUACGUACGUACGCGCGUGCAACGUCAACCCUUUCGUUCAUACACAGAAAGAAACACGCACAUAUAAUCACACACGUACGCGAACAGGCAUGUACAUUACGACAUACGCGCAAUCACAGAUACGAAUUAACAAUUCGACCUACAUACAUGUACUAACAUAUACAAACAUCUCUCUCUUUCUCUCUCUCUAUAUAUAUACACGCACAUACAUGCAAAGUUGAAAAUUAGACUGAAGAUCGCACACAGCAUGUGCGUGAGACUGUUCUUCAGAAAAGAAACGUGGCAAAUAGAGUUGAAAAAAGAAAACGAACGAAAAAGGAAGAGAGAUCAUUCAUGUCGACGCUAAACGUGCGUGUUGGCCACCGCGGGACACCACGGGGUCUCGCGCUCUGAUCACUACAGGAAUCGCAGACUGAAUUGCCCAUAAACUGAGGAGUAGCAAGCAGUAGAAGAGAGAGAGAGAGAAAAAAGGGAGAAGCAGACAGAUUAAGAAACUAGCUGUGGUAGUCGCUGCCGUGUUUCGUAUUACGCAUACACCUUGUAUAAUUGUCGUCAUCGUCGUCGUCGUCGCUGUCGUCGUCCUCGUCGUCCUCGUCGUCGUCGUCGUCGUCGUCGUCGUCGUCGUCGUCGUCGUCGUCGUCAUCGUCGCCGCCGCCGCCGCCGCCGCCGCUACCGCUGCUGUUGCUGCUGCUGCUGCUGCUGCUGUUUGCAAUAUCCACGUGCACUGUUCACUGCCACUGCAGUUCAUGUUAAUAUCGUUGUACAUAACUUUCUAUGUAUAGCUCGAGUGCGUCAAAAAAGAGAAAAAAAAAGAAAAAAGGAUAAACAAGGCGAGGCGCGCGAGUGGACACGCACCCUGCCAAGUACAAAAGAAUACGUAGCGCCGGUCGCACAGGGCUGAGCUGCACUGACAAUCCGAACGAACUUCCGAUUGGUGAAAUUAUUGGUAGAGGCAUUAACGUGGACGGAAGAGGAAAGCUUAAUAAAUUGUAUAACAAAAAUUGCGAUACACUUGUGUAAUACGGAUAAUGCUAAUUUAGAUAAUUGCGUUCAACGCGCCGGACGAUGUCGGUGCAACUAGCCCGAGGAUUGCUGUUCACGCAGGGUCUCUUGAAAUCUCGCGGUUCGCGCGAGAAACGUAUCUCACCGAAAUAUUUAACUUUUGUCGCCAGAUUGUACGAAACUACGUUGUGAAAAUACUUCAUUAUCAGCACAAACCAAAUAUAGUUUUGCACCAUCUGUUAAACGAAUAUUCAUGCACCGAGAUAGAAAGAGUGAUAAUUUUUUUCGUUGAUCAACCUUACUUGAUGGAUUAUCUUUUCGAUUAAACAGUUUUAAGGAUGGUUACAUGUAGAGAUUAGAAAUUUAGAAAUUUUAAUGGUGCAAAACUCUUUUUGAAGCGUGUGCAUUUUUGUCAAGCGAGAUAUUCUUUUGCGUUGCAAAGUCGAUACAUUAUUUUUUCUUUUUUUUUUUACAAAUUGUAGCCGCGGAACAAAUGUAACCGCUGAAUGCAAACAAUCAAUUAAAAAAUUUUUUAGUUUUGAUGUGGUAAAUUUAUGGAAUAAAAAAUUAUUUCAUUUAAAAAAUAUUGAAUUUUGUAUAGCAUAUUUUCAAAGUGUGUCGAAAAAAGUGUUGUUAAUUCGUUGUAUAAUAGCUGUAAUUCCAUUGGUUAGUUUGGUUUAGCUUACAGUUAAAAUUAUCGGAUGUUUUCCUUUUUUUUUCUUUUCCUAAAUAUGUUAUCUGUAUAAAGCAAUCCUAAAUAUUUUAAUCAUAUAUAUGCGUUCUCUUAGUACGUAAUUUACCUACAAGCUCAUAAUGUUCAAAAUAUUAAAAAUUUUUGAUUUGGUUCUACAGAAAUUGAGGUUCGUCUUGAACAUCGAGGCUAGUAGUCAUGUAGUUCGUUCUUAUAUCCCAAAUUAUCUUAAAUACAAUCUUAAAAUGUAAUAAAUCAAUCACAGAGCCAUUAGCAUUUUCUUUUAGACUAUACUUAAGACGAUCUUAAAAGAGAUUGGAUUUAAGAACGAAUUUAAGACCAUGAAUACCAGCCCUAUUAUUAAAAGACGAUUCAGGAUAAGCUGAUUUAGUUUGAUCAAAAAACUGUACUCGUAUAAAUUAACAUUGUAUUUUCGAAUUCCGUGCACCUUUGUGCUUGUCUUUCAUCUUUCUCCCAGUCACACAUCUCAAAAUUGAAAUUCGAGAGAAUGCAAUUGGAACAAUACAAAUUUCGAUGAUUGUAGAAUACCAAAUACGCAGUGUGUUUACUAAAAAUGAAAAUUAAAAAAAAAAAUUUUCUUCAAUUUUUGUAAAUAGACUUCAGUAAAGAGCUCUCUCUUUUUCUCUUAUGAUAAAUUUCGCAUAUAAGAAAUAUCUAAAAUAAAUUUAAAUUUGAAUUUAUAAACUAAAUUUUGUCAUAUUUUUACGAAAUUUGUUGUAUAUAUAACAACUUUGACGAAGUAAUUAUAGAGUCAAGUUCUGAAAUUUUUCAUUUUUGCUAAUUCGUUAGUUUUUUCGUGUUGAAAGGAGUGAGUGUUACAAUCGAAUAAGAAACUGAUAGAAAAGUCGGCUAGGAGAAAGUUGUAAGAUAAAAAUCUCGAUUAACAAAUGCGUAUCAAACUCGUGCAUAUUCUCUAGCUUUUAUUCUCAAGAAAUAUUCAGUAUUUUUUUUUUCUUCGAAUUCCUAGCAAAGGAACAUUUAUCCGUGAACCAUGAGAAUGCGAGCGAGUCCUUCGCGUUUCGAAUGCCGGAGCGAACUUCGAAAGAGCUUCGGCGACUCUGUCUCGCCUUGAUGCGAUUCUAUACGAAAAUAAUACAAAUUUGUGCGUUAGAUUUCGUGGAAGUCGUUUAUUAAGCGACAAAAAAAAAGAAAAUUUGUCGGAGCCUUGUGUAGAGAUUUAGAUGAUUGGUCGGAGAUUUGCGUCGCGCGGGACGAGCCGAAUUAAAAGGAUGUAAAUUAAAAAAACUUGGGGAUUCGCGGCAGCGUUUCCAUAAAUUAUUGUAUCUCUUUAGUGCCAUAUAAAAGAUUAUAGAUUAUAGAUUAAUGCGGAAAAACGAUAUCCGCGUGUUUACGUUAACAAAGAUACUAUUUUUAAAAUAAUUCUUGCAAAAUUAAUUUGAAAUAAAACGCUCGUGUUAUUUGGCAAAUUUAUAAAUUAUGUGAGCAACUUAUGGCUGGUUAGUCGCGCGUCGCAAAUCGCUCAUGCACUCUCUUUAAGAAUUAAAUCACGCACCGAUUCAAUCAGUAUCAUCAACCGUCGUCAUGUUCUCGUUGCGUCUUGUGGAGUAAAUCUGACGCAUUUGUGUGUAUGUGGAACGUGUGUGUAUCUAAACAAAGUAUAUACUUUGAAGUAUAUACAUAUAUAUAUAAGCCCAUAAAAAAUCGAACAAAGAACCCGCAGUGGUUCAAGAUAUAAGUAUAUAUAUAUAUGGGGAUUUAAAAAAAUGUAAAAAAAAGAAGAGGGAAUUAAUGGCGCGCUGAGCGUACGCCACCUCAUUGACCUCAUCUAAUGCUUUUUUAUCUGUACAUUUACAAUUUGUGUACCAAUGAGGAACGUUGUUUAAUCAUGUUGUUGAUGUUAUUGUUAAAGAAUGAGAUUCAAUAUUGUACAUAACUAUAUAUUCAUUAUAAUUGAUGAUAUAAAUAAUUAUAUACAUAAAAGAGUAAAUCCCCCAGAGAGUCCCUCUAUGCCUCGCGUUUCGAUAUGCGGAUCCACGUCACUUUGUAAUAAAAAGACAAGUACUUUACAAACUUGUGUUGAGCAGGAUGGAACUGUCGGCAUAACAACCACGUUAUCGUACAUUCAGGCCGUGUAAGUGGCAUUCAAGUGCCUCUAUUACAUUUCAACAGUUAUCUUUUAUCGGCUUAUUUGUUCGAUAUGCUGACAGGAAUUAUCCGUAAGCUCAUGAUUUGUAUUUGUCACGUAGUUCAUAGCUACACAUAGAAUUUGAUAGCUCAAUGAAGAAGUAUUGCAGUUUGAAAAAGAGGAUUAUUUUCAAGUCACCGGUGGCGUAUAUAUUUCUUCGUUAUGUUCGACGAAUUGCAUGUUAAAUGCUAAUAGCAUGUAUUAAAUAUUUCUAACACAGUUGAUACAUCAAUAUAAAUGAUAUAUUAAUGGUUUUAAUAUA